UGACCCAGACACCAAGUCCAAUUUAGGGCACAAUUAGCUUUCCAUCCCCAAACUUCUUCUUCAUCUGGCAUUCUCCAUGGAUAUUGAUGUCGGACCCGUUGAUCCAUCUGUCCUCUACGAACAAGAACUCCAUGUCUCAUCUGCUGUCUGGGAAGCACAGGAACGAGGCCUCCUCCGUUGCCAAGAACACACUUCACUCCUCCACCAAUGGAAACUCACCGACCAACAAACCAACCUCGUCGACAAAGCAGGCUUCGGACUCUUCCGCAAAAUCGGCCCAAUGACGCUAAACAACUCCCUAAUCUCCGCUCUCGUCGAGCGCUGGAGACGCGAGACCAACACAUUCCACCUCCCCUUAGGCGAAACGACCAUAACACUCGACGAAGUAUCCCUAGUCCUCGGCCUCGACAUCGACGGAGACCCCGUCGUGGGGUCCAAAGUAGGAGACGAGGCUGCGAUGGACAUGUGCGGGAGACUCCUCGGGAAGCUCCCUUCCGCUGCUAACAAGGAAGUGAACUGCUCGAGGGUUAAGCUUAACUGGCUCAAGAGGACGUUCUCCGAGUGUCCUGAAGACGCUUCUUCCGAGGUUGUGAAGUGUCACACGCGCGCGUAUCUUUUGUAUCUGAUCGGGAGCACGAUCUUCGCUACUACUGAUGGUGAUAAAGUGUCGGUUAAGUAUUUGCCUUUGUUUGAGGAUUUUGAUCGGGCUGGGAGGUACGCUUGGGGUGCUGCGGCUUUGGCUUGUCUUUACAGAGCGCUUGGUAACGCGUCGCUUAAGUCUCAGAGUAAUAUCUGUGGCUGCUUGACGUUGCUUCAGUGUUGGAGUUAUUUUCAUUUAGAUAUAGGUAGACCGGAGAGAUCUGAAGCGAGUUUCCCGCUCGCUCUUUUGUGGAAAGGUAAAGGGAAUAGAUCCAAGACUGAUCUCUCUGAGUACCGGAGAGAGUUUGAUGAUCUAGAUCCAAGCAAGAUGCAGAUCAGUUGGUGUCCGUAUGAAAGAUACGAGAACAUGAUACCUCCACAUGUUAAAGCCAAGCUGAGUCUAGGAAGAUCGAAGACGACUCUCGUAUGCUUCGAGAAGAUCGAGUUGCAUUUUCCGGAUAGGUGUUUGAGGCAGUUUGGGAAGCGCCAGCCGAUACCUCAGAAAGUGAAACGCCGUGACAGGAAGAACCGGCGGCUAGAUGACUUGGACACGUCGAUGACUGCGGCGUGCGAGGAAUGGGGUGAACGCGGGGACCAUAUCGUGGACAGUCCUAAUGUGGUGGAUGAUGGAGCUUACAUGGAGUGGUAUGCUCGGAUAAGUAUCACUAAACUAUACAGAGAAGCGUUUCUUGAGAGCCAAGUCAUGAAUAUGAUUGCUUGUAUGAGGGAGUUUGAGGAAGCUGCUUCAGGGAUAUCGAUGGAGAGAUUGUCUCCGGUAGAGAGGGAAGUGAUGGAGAGUGUGAAGGAUACGUUUUCUAGUAAUUUGACGUUUGGAGGAUGGCAAGAGGUGGCGGUUAAUAGUAGUUAUGGGAAGAGGCGGCGUCGGAAUGAACAAACUCCGACGAUGAAUAAUGGUGGCGGUGGUGGUAGUGAUCUUUCAUCUAUACUGCUUCAAAAGGACACAUGAAACUCUUUUGUGUUAGUUUAUGUUCUCAACUUGUUGCAGUGUUUAUGCAUAUAUUUAAAUACAAUGACAUGGUUUGACCUAAAUUCAGACUGAUAUGUAUCACCUCAUCUUCUAUGGAUACCUUAUCACAGGUUA